GAGGCUAGGCGUCCUUCGUUACAACAUGGCCGCCAUGUGGAAGUGGUGCGAGGCGGGGAGUUCGUUUCUGAGCAAGUUGGCUUCGAAUGGCGAAAAAUACCAAUCUUCCGUUCAUAUGAGGAAUCUAAUUGCUGUCUACGACGACGUCCUUGUAGCGUGGAGCCAAAAAGAACAGCGUCUGCUGGCUGUCAACAUCAAAAACUCGCCCAAAGUCGACCGCGAUGACUGCCAGGUUUUACUCCUUACAAAUCCUCCAUUGUUUGAGGUUGACAAUGUUUUGGUGAACAAGUCUCACCACCUUUUGCUCUCCGGGCCACGAGGCGUGACUGUCGUUGCACUACCCACGACCCCAGCAGCAUUCAUCAAGGAGAAGGCUUCGUGCAGAUCGUGGUCUUUGGGCGAGCACUUUUUCUUGUGCAACAAGUCUGUGCUGGUGUCACAUGUUGCCUGGCAUCCGGAUAGUGAGGCUGACUGCCAUGCACUUGCCCUGACCAGCGACAGUAACUUGAGGUUGUACAGCGUUACUGAGCCACAGGCCCCCCAGUUUAUUCUUCCAGUGGGGGCAAGCCACGGUGCAAGCAGCACCAUCAGCAGUUCUUUGGGCGACGCGGCCGUCGGCUUCGAUUUUGGCCAUGCCACCGCCGGCAAGUCUCCAGCCCGCCAGGUGUUUGUGCUCAUGGGCAGCGGAGAUGUCUACCUCACCCACGUCUCCCCCCGCGACGACAACAGCACUGUGCACUUGCGGAAAGUGCUGGGGCCCUUGACGAUGCAGCCGCAGUCGGACGACAACUACGGGGUGGAUGGUUACUCUUUGGUGUGCCUGCAAGCCGCUGUUCCCAUCCUAGCCAUCGCCACCACUUUUGGUACCCUCUACCACUGUUUGGCAUUGGACGAGCCAAGAAACGAGACAUUCAGCCAAAGUUUCGAGCAAGACCAGAAAGAGGUAUCUCUGUAUGUGUUCGAGAAAGUCAAACUGGAACUGUCCCUUGCCCCUGCUGGUGGUGAAGACGACUCUUACAGCUGCCCAAUUCGCCUUUUCAAAGAUCCCACAACACCAUUGCGGUACAUCUGCAGUCAUGGCUCCGGCAUUCAUGCAGUUGCUUUACCAUUCAUAGACCACUUGCAGGAGUUUGCUGAGGAUGAAGAGAGCCGGCAACUGCCGUCCCACCUGCACGCAGACCCAUGCAUCGUGGAGAACUUGGUGUGCACGCGCGCCCUCCCCAGCAGCAGCCCCGCCACCCCCGUGGGGGUGGCCGUCGUGCCCUGGUACCCCGGACCCAUCCUAGUGGUGCUCACAAAUGCCUGGAAGCUGCUCACCAUCUCCCUCGUGCAGGGUUACCAGAGCUACCUGCCACAGCUGUUGUCCGGGAACCCCCUGGGCCCCCGGCAGUCCCAGCGCGUCCGGGGACAGGAGGGACCCCCCGGCCUGGACCACCAUGUGCGGCAGCUGCUGGGGGGACGCCCCGUGCCCCAGCUGGCACAGGCGGCCUGCGACUGCUCUCCGCAGCAGUGCCUCGAGCUCCUCUUUGCGGCCACCCAGAAGUUCCGCGAGGAGUGGCUCCAGAGGCUGGAGGCCUGCCAGCUGCUCAUUGGACGCAGAAUCAAGUCUGCACAAGAGCAAAAAGAGCUGCAGCUGGACAAGCUGCGCAACAAACUCCAGGAGGUAGCAUGUCUUGAGGACCGAUAUGAAGCCCUUAGGCGGAAAUAUGAAGCUGUGGACGUCACUCAGCAGAAGAUUGUCAAAAGGGUGGAGAACGUGCUGCACCAGCUGCAUCGCCAAGUGCCCGUCCUGUCGGCCGCAGAGCAGUCGAUGCAGACGGAGCUGAAGGGCAUUCAGGAGCAGCUGCGGGAUAUGUCCUCUUCCCUGGAGCAGGCGCAGCUCAAGCUCCGUUACCAGGAGCAGAGCAGUGCCGGACAAGACGAUGACACUGCCGGCCGCACCGCUGUGUCUCGAUCGCCCUCGCUGAGCAACACCCAGGUCGAGCAUAUCCGGGAUGCUCUGACGCAGGAGGGAGAACUCAUCAAGGAGCUUGUGCAGAAGGUGACUUGGAUGAAGAAGGAACUGUCCAUGUGAAUGUGAUAUAUUUUAAAUUUGCAUGUGCAAAAUUAUGUAUAAACUUAGGAAAUACUAUCA